CGCACUUCACCAAUGUUCGAAAUCUAGGGGCGCAGUGAGGUUUAUAGCCUCCUAAAAUGCCAGUCAACCAUGCAGCAUGCGACUAUAUAUUUUGGGAUAGCGGGUCGCGGUAGGAGAUGCACUUCGUUGGCCGAGCACCACCUUCCGUUGGAAUUUAUCAUCUACUAGAACCUUGUGGAUAUAGUACGAAAAUAAGUGAUCGACGGCCUAGCCAGCCCCAUGGAAAAUACCCCAGAGGUCCUUCAGCUCCUCAGAUGCAUCAAGGUUGGCCCCGCCACUGCCGCUAGUCCGCUCGACGGCGGAAAUGCGGUUGACUGCAAACACAAACUGCUUCAGGAAAAUACCACGACGGCCGUAAAAAACAUAUAAACCCCGAAAUUCUCCAGCUCCUUGAUAAACUGAGAUUGUCUCUUCUUCAUGAUGUCUGCUAAUCUCGCGAUCAAGGCGCCCUUGUUGAUCAGGAAGUCUGAGAUGCACAAUUCCAAAUACGCGAGCCAUAGGGCACAGCCACGAUGUUUACUCCAAGAUCACUCAUGGUAUCUGGGGCUGACAGCGCCCCCGACUGCGUUGCGUCUUCAGCUAUAAUACUUUGGAUGGACGACUCUUGGAUAUGGCGGAAAGAUUCAACUUUUUCUGAGCACCGACUAGAGCGAAUCCAGUUAGCCGCUCGGCAAUGGAAUUCAGCUGCAACUGCGCGAUGAAUUGUGAGACAGCUCACGUCAGCAGCCUGUUCUCCUGACUGCCCCCAGCACCGUUCUAGAAGACUAGAGGACUCUUAGGGCUGACGGAUAUUACGUGUUGCGCCGGUUAAUCUGUCCCCUUGACUCUUGGUCAUGGCGAUGCUCGUGGCCUGCGAGCCGUGUCGCCAGCGGAAGCGCAGAUGCGAUCGCGGGGUCCCAACCUGUGGGCUUUGCAUCAAACGCGGCCGAACCUGCUUCUACCCACCGCAUCGCCUCGUCAAGAGCCAGGAGAGCGUGCCCGAUCAGACCACUCCCUCGCCAACCGUUCAGGAAUGCGACAUGACUGCCCUGACUGCAAACCACAUGUUCCAGGCAUGGGUCAUGCAGUCCCCCGACAUCCCCAUGUCAUAUCCAGUCCCAUUCAGAUGGUAUAUCCCGCGCCUGCUUAGAAACUUCUCCGAGGGCCUCGGCGUAUCGCGGCUGCCCGUCGACAUGAACAGCACAGCGUACCACAUCCAGACGGUCUGGAUCCGCGGGGCCAUGACUGAUGCUGCGUUAUUCCACGCGACACUGUACGCCGGCGCAUCGCAUUUCGAUCUUUCUCGGGGGGAGCGCCAGAGCUCGAUUACGCUGUAUCACCAGGCGGAGGCGAUAAGGCUGAUCAAUGAACGAUUGUCGGACCCGGAGUUUGCGGUUGAUGAUCGGACGCUUAUUGCUGUUACGCCGCUGGCGUUGUUUGCUGAUUUGAAUGGCGAUCGUGCUGCGGCGGAUAUUCACCGCGAGGGAUUGCGAAAGAUGGUCGAGAUGCGAGGCGGACUGGACCGUCUCGGCUUUGAGGGCCUCACGUCCGCGCUGAUCCAAAUGAACAACAUAAUCUACAACAUCGCCUUCGACCUCUCGCCCGACAAACUCAGCUCACCCCCAGGCCCACCCCCGCUCGCCCUCGAAAAGCGCAUCCUCCAAACCCCGUCGCACAUCUCGACAGCCGUCCCCUCCCUCCCCGCCAUCCUCGAAAUCUUCCGCAACGUCCACACCUUUAAACUCGAAUUCUGGAUGCAGGAAUUCACAGCCGCAAAAACACAUACACAUCCACACGCGCAUAUCCGCCCGCACGCCCACCUUGCCGGCUACACCUCCUCGAUGCCGGAACUCGGUCUCGAGAAUCCCGUCUACUACUGCUGCUACCUGGCCGUCACCUUAUUCAAGACGAUCGUCAGCGACCAAGUCCGAAACCCAUCCUUCUCAAACGAAGUUGAUGCCCUCGCAAGCGAGCUCCGCGCCGCACUGGCACUCACAGACCCCGAGAUGUGGAUCCGACGCAUCCCCGCCGUCUUCUCGUGGGUGUGUCUGACCGGCGCCGCGGCGAGUAGUGACUCGCGGGCACGGAUCUGGUUCUACUUUAAGCAGGCGUCUGCGGUGCGGGUUUUGAAUGUGAGGAGUGAACCGCCGUACCUGGAUGAGCUGUGGGAGCAUUUCCGGUGGUUGAGGACGAUGAGAUUAAAUCCCAUACGAUAUAUUUACGAGGAGGCUGUAUGAUCAUCGCAUACCAUGGCCAUGCCGUCCGAGUCCCCUCUUGCAAUGUCUCAUGUAAUGAAUAAUUAACGCCUUGUAUAUAUACCAUGCAUUAUAUAACCUAGCGAUCACGAUUUUAUUCAUUCCAUCCUCUUGACCUUUUAAUUUAUGCAUGUACGAACUCGUCACCCUC